GAAGUGCGGCUAGGGCUUGGCAUUCUGGGAUCGGAAGUGCGGCGCACGCGGCGCAGUCGUCGUCAUGGCGGCGGCGCGUGGCCCCAAGAGGCGUCUGGCAGACCUGACGGUGGAUGAGUUCCUGGCUUCGGGUUUUGAUUCCGAGUCUGAGUCGGAGCCCGAAGAAACUUCAGAGGCGGCGACACAAGGAGCACGCGAACGCGGAGCUGCCCCGAGCUUGUGUGGUCCGGACCGGGGUGCCUCGGCCAGCAGGCAUAAAGGCCGUGCCUCUGAGCACAAGGAUCAGCUCUCUCGGCUGAAGGACAAAGACCCUGAGUUCUACAAGUUUCUGCAGGAGAAUGACCAGAGCCUGCUGAAUUUUAGUGACUCAGAUAGCUCUGAGGAAGGAGAGGAGCAGUUCCACUCCCUGCCAGAUGUACUGGAGGAAGCAAGUGAGGAGGAAGAGGAGGAGGAGGGGAAAGAUGGAGACAGAGUGUCCAAAGGCCUUCAGGGGAAGAAUGAACCUGUUCCUGUGACCCUUGGUAUGGUUGAAAGGUGGAAGCAAGCAGCAAAGCAGCACCUCACUCCCAAGCUGUUUCAUGAAGUUGUCCAGGCAUUCCGAGCUGCUGUGGCCACCACCCAAGGAGACCAGGAAGGGGCUGAGGGCUAUAGAUUCCAGGUCUCAGACAGUGCUGUGUUCAAUGCACUGGUUACCUUUUGUGUCAGAGACCUCUUUCGUGAUCUUCAGAAGCUGCUGUUUGGAAAGGCACCAAUGGACAGCACCAGGAUGCUGCAGCCAUCUAGCAGUGCGCUCUGGGGGAAGCUCCGUGUGGAUGUCAAGGCAUACCUGAGUGCAGUCAUGCAGCUGGUGACCUGUCUGGCAGAAGCCACAGUGUUGGCAGCAGUCUUGCAGCAUAUCAGCCAUCUGGUACCAUACUACCUGACCUUCCCCAAACAAUGUCGUGUGCUACUCAAGAGGAUGGUGGUUCUGUGGAGCACUGGUGAGGAGUCCCUGCGGGUGCUGGCCUUCCUGAUUCUUGUUAGAGUCUGUCGACACAAAAAGGACGUUUUUCUGAGCCCUGUCUUGAAGCAAAUGUACAUCACAUAUGUGAGGAAUUGCAAGUUCACCUCUGCCAGUACCCUACCCCUCAUCAGCUUCAUGCAGCGAACGCUGACUGAGCUGCUUGCCCUGGACCCCAGCGUCUCCUACCAGCAUGCUUUCCUCUACAUCCGCCAGCUGGCCAUCCACCUGCGUAAUGCCAUGACCACUGGCAAGAAGGAGACACACCAGGCCGUGUAUAACUGGCAGUACGUCCACUGCCUCCACCUGUGGUGCCGCGUCCUGAGUGUCCUUGGUUCCAGUGAGGCACUGCAGCCCCUACUUUACCCCCUUGUGCAAGUUGCCAUUGGCUGUAUCAAGCUGGUCCCCACUGCGCGCUUCUACCCACUGCGUCUGCACUGUGUGCGUGCCCUGACACUGCUAUCACAGAGCACUGGGACUUUCGUCCCUGUGCUGCCCUUCAUCCUUGAGGUUUUCCAGCAGGUGGACUUCAAUAAGCGACCAGGCCGGAUGAGCUCCAGGCCCAUCAACUUCUCUGUGAUCCUAAAGCUGUCCAGUGCAAACCUACAAGAGAAAGCCUAUCGGGAUGGGUUGGUGGAGCAGUUGUAUGACCUUACGAUGGAGUACCUGUAUGGCCAGGCCCACAGCAUUGCCUUCCCAGAGCUUGUACUGCCCACCAUCCUGCAGUUGAAGUCCUUCCUCCGGGAGUGCAAGGUGGCCAACUACUGCCGGCAGCUGCGCCAGCUGCUGGAGAAGGUGCAGGAGAAUGCAGAGUACAUCCAAAACUGCCGCCAGAAGGUGUCUUUCGGUGUAUCCAACCAACUCGCAGUGGAUGCUUGGGAGAAACGGGUCCGGGAAGAGGGACCCCCACUUACCAGGUACUAUAACCACUGGCGGAAGCUGAGGGACCGAGAGAUCCAACUGGAGAUCAGUGGCAAAGAGCGGCUGGAAGAGCUGAAUUUCCCAGAGAUCAAGCGACGAAAGGUGGAGGACAGGGAGGAGGACAAAAGGGAGUUUAAAGACCUCUUUGACCUGGAUAGUUCUGAAGAUGAAGUAACAGAUUUCUCAGAGAGAGGGACGGCUGCAUCCCUGAGAGGUCAGCAAGAAGCAGAAGUGGAAGAGGAUGAGGGGGAUGACCAGGAAGAAGAGGAAGAGGACAGCAGUACCUCAGUGGGUGGAGGUUCAGAUGCAGAGGCGGGGCUGGUCCCUGGUGAGCUGUGGCUGCUGGCUGAGGGGCCACAGGAUGAGCUGGAAGAUCUGCAACUCUCAGAGGAGGACUAGGUCUCCUGCAGCGCCCCAGAGGUUCUGAGGCCAGUGUCUGUAGCCUGAAGGGCAGUCAACAGUUACAGCAUGGCACAACAGACAAUGAGGACUUCGCUGACCUGGAACAGGAAUUGGGAGCCAGCAUGGUGGAUUCUGCCUGCAGCCCAGAGGAAGACCAAGCCUGCAGGCAGGUUCUCUGGCCUGUCUCCUUGUCUUUGGUUUGUCUGCAGAUCUCUGCAGUUACCCUUGAGUCUUUGGAAACUUGCCCUUCUCAAGUCACAUGUUUUUCCUUUUAAAAA